GGUCACGUGUUCCGUACGGAGUGAUAAGUUCGGUACCAGUGAGCUUGUACUCCUUUGCUUGGUGUGGCCAUAUUAGCGUGGCGUAGUUGGGCGUUGCUGUCGGUGUACUUUGUGUUUUUAGUUGUUGAUCCGCUUAAACAUGGCUACAAAGUCUGUAAAGCGGACCACUAUAACUUCUACUGCAUCUUCUUCGAUCUCAUCGCCUCAACCUGGCACUUCUACCCCUACACCGGGGUCGGGCAGACCGGGUAGUCCCUUAAGCCCGACCCGGUACAGCCGUUUGCAGGAAAAGGCAGAUCUCCAAAAUCUCAAUGAUCGGCUGGCAACUUACAUUGAUCGCGUGCGGCAGCUAGAGCAAGAAAAUAGCCUACUAACUCGAGAGAUACAGAGCAGUCAGGAAACUGUCACAAGAGAAGUUAAGAACUUAAAAUCAAUCUAUGAGCAAGAGUUGGCCGAAGCCAGGAAGAUGCUGGAUGAAACUGCAAGAGACAGGGCAAGACUCGAGAUAGAAGUAAAACGGCUGAAGGAUGACAACGAUGGCUUGAAAACGCAGUUAGAUCGCAAGUCGAAAGCAUUGGCGGCUGCUGAGAAGAAUCUACAACUCAAUGAUAUGAGACUUAAUGACUUGUCCAACAAAUACAAGCAGGCAGAAAAUGAACGGCUGAAAGCUGUUGAAGAACUAAGGGAACUACAGAAAGAAUGUGAAGCUCUCCGUAAGCAAAUUGAAGAACACCGCAAACAUCUGGCAGAUGAAACAUUACUAAGAGUUGAUGCCGAGAAUGCAUUGCAAACAUUGAAGGAACAACUUCAGUUCAAGGAGCAGGUAUUCGAUCAAGAAUUAUCAGAAGUGAGAACACGGCGUCAGAUUGAAAUAAGUGAAAUUGAUGGAAGACUCACACAGCAAUAUGAAGCUAAGCUUCAACAGUCUUUACAAGAACUAAGAGACCAGUAUGAGCAACAGAUGAAGCAGAAUCGUGACGAGAUUGAAAGCUUGUAUGAGAGCAAGGUGAAGAGCCUACAGAAUCAACUGCAACGCAACAGUGAUGCUUCGUUGAUGGCCGUAGAUGAGCUCAGGCAGUCACGCACAAGAAUUGAGGGCCUCAAUGGCAGGAUUGCUGAACUGGAGUCAGCUAAUGCAUCUCUUCUGAGACGUUUGCAUGAGCUUGAGAAACUGUUGGAUGACGAGAGACUUAAGUUUCAACUUGACCGUGAUGUAUUGGAAAAGGAACUACAAGCCUUGCGUGAUGAAAUGGCAAAUCAGUUGCAAGAAUAUCAAGACCUCAUGGACAUCAGAGUUGCUUUAGAUCUGGAGAUAGCUGCAUACAGGAAAUUAUUGGAAUCGGAAGAACAGAGGUUGAACAUAAGCCCAGGGCAGUCUCCCGCUUCUCCAGGGCGUGUGUCGAGAAGCACCCCACUGCGCAGAACUCCUGUGAGGGCACAAAAGCGCAAGCGCACUAUGCUGGAAGAAUCUGAGGAAGCCAGUCUUUCAGACUAUAAAGUUAAGAGCAGUGCAAAAGGUGAAGUGCACAUCACUGAAGUCUGCCCAGAUGGCAGAUUUGUCAGACUUCAGAAUAAAAGCGGAAAGGAAGUGAAUUUGAGUGGCUGGCAACUGAUAAGACGUGCAGGUGAUAAUGAAACAGUUUUCAAAUUUCACCGUAGUGUUAAAAUUGAGGCUGGUGCUACCAUCACUGUGUGGUCAUCAGAUGUAGGGCAGACACAUGAGCCACCGAAUAAUAUUGUGAUGAAAGGACAGAAGUGGUUUGUUGGGGAAAGUAUGACUACUACACUUUUGAACAACCAAGGAGAGGAAAUGGCAGUCAGUGAGCGCAAACGCCAAAUAUUGACCAGUUCAUCAUCCCAUCAUAGGGAAAUCUCUUCUGGUUAUGGUCACCAUAGAACUUUUGAUGGUGAAGAACUAUAUCACCAGCAGGGUGAUCCGCAAGGAGAAGAUAGAUGCCGGAUAAUGUGAAGAUGGGAGCUGUGAAUGUCUAAAUUUAGAUAGAUCCCAUGAGAGAUGGAAAAUACCCUGCAAGAAGGGUGCAUUAGGUCUCUAAUUUUAUUUGGGAAAAAGGAAAUGUUUAUAAAAUGUAUGAAUUAACGGUUGGUGCUCUAGGGAUGUUUGGACUGACCUGGAUAAGCUUUUUUGUUGUGUGGGCUCUUGUGGUAAAGUAUAUGGGAGUGUGCUGGUGCCCAUGAUAGUCUGACUCCUUUAUGCCGGGUGUUCACACAAGUACAAAAUACUGUGCAUCAUCAUUCAUUUUCAUGAUAGUGCUGUCAAUACGUUUUUGAUGUUUUUUGUGUGUGUAGCAUAGAUUUUGUAUUGAAAUUGAAACAUAUUUAUAAGCAUUUGACUCAUAAGUAUCUUCAUUCCCCAUGGGAUAAUUUAUUAUACAGCACAGAAACUGUGCUGAUUACAUAUACUUCUGUAAUUUAUUUGCAUUGUUCCUUGCCCAGUAAUUUAAUAAUACGGAACUUAUUUUUGUACUGACUUAAAUACUGUAGGCCUCCCUUAGGCUCUGUGAAUUGACAGUGGCUCAAGCUCAGUAUGAUGAUUUGAGCCGCCCUGCAGGCAGUCCAUAUCAUCCCCCAUAUUUCCUUCCAAGUGUAUAACAUCACCUAAACUUUCCAGUUUCAUUUCAUUUUAAUAUUUUAUUGUACUCAUUCUCAUUUCAUAUGUAACUUUGUUGUUAAUAUUUGUAGAACUUUUCUGAAAGUUCCAUACUUUUAAGAGUGAAGAUCAAAGUGCAAGUGAAGUUUUCAGCCUAUUUUAGUCACUUUGAUAAUAGACUACUUUUAAUGGUUUUUGAAUGUGCAGAAAACAUUGAUUUGAUGGUCAAUAGUUUACAAAAAGACGCUUCAGUUGUGCUGUACUAUUUGUAUACAUCCAUAACUUUUGUGUUUGGAUAAUAUUGUUUUGGAAAAGAUUUUAUCUCUAAAUAUCAAACAUUCCCUUGCACUUAUUAUAGUAAGAAUAUUAUAGUAUAAUGACACUUCUAUCUGCCUGAAAUGCUUCACGGGGAUGGAAUUGUGAUAAGAGAUAAUUAUUUGCAAACUUGAAAUGUUAACAAAGCCACAAUAUUCUUUAUACUAACAAUAUUUAACAGAUGCACGUUAAGGUGGAUUUAUAAUGAAAAAUAAAACUAUCACACCAA